AUGGUCGCCUUCUCGCGCAUCUCUACCGGCCUGUUGGCCGUGGCCGCCCCUGCUCUGGGCAACGUGGUGCUGGAGAAGAUCCAGGCCGUGCCCAGCAGCUGGUCGCUUGUCGAGGAAGCCGACACCAGCUCGAACAUUACUCUUUCCGUGGCCUUGACGCGUCAGAACCUGGACCAACUUGAGUCCAAGCUGCUGUCCGUCUCCACCCCGGGCCAAAGCACCUACGGCCAGUACCUCGACGCGGACGAAGUCAACGCCCAGUUCCCUCUGGCCGACCACUCGACGGUCAUCUCCUGGCUCACCGAGGCGGGCGUCACCGACAUCUCCCACCAGGGCGGGUUGAUCAGCUUUGCCACCACCGUCGGGACCGCCAACAAGCUGCUCAACACCACCUUCUCCGUCUACGAGAAGGCCGGCACCCAGAAGGUGCGCACCACCCAGUACUCGGUGCCUGACAGCUUGAGCGGGUCGAUCGACUUGAUCGCCCCCACCGUCUUCUUCGGCAAGACGCGCGCCGAGCGCGCUGCCGCCUUCCAGGCCGUGAAGGUGGCCAGACGGUCCAGCAGCGCCAGCCAGUAUAUCACCCCUACCUUGCUCAAGGAGCAGUACAACAUCGACUACACCCCCAAGGCUUCGUCCGGCAGCCGCAUCGGUUUCGGAAGCUUCUUGGGCGAGUCCGCCCUGUACUCAGACCUCGACCUCUUCACCGAGCGCUUCGGUAUUCCGCAGCAGAACUUCACCGUGGAGUUGAUCAACGGUGGCGUCAACAACCAGGAGGAGGACGGAGGUGAAGCCGAUCUGGAUGUGCAGAACAUCGUUGGCCUUUCGCAUCCCCUGCCUGUCGUCGAAUUCAUCACUGCUGGAUCUCCUCCCUUCAUUCCUAACGUACUGGAGACCACGGAUACCAACGAGCCCUACGUGGAAUACUAUGAGUACCUGCUUAACAAGACCAACGACGAGCUCCCGCAGGUUAUCACCAACUCCUACGGUGACGAUGAGGAUACUGUCCCAUAUGCCUAUGCCACGCGCGUCUGCAACCUCAUCGGGCUGAUUGGCCUACGCGGUAUCUCGGUUCUGGAAUCCUCUGGUGAUUCUGGCGUUGGGGAGGCCUGUAUCUCGAACGACGGAACCGACACCGUUCAAUUCACCCCCGAGUUCCCCGGCACAUGUCCCUACAUCACUGCCGUGGGUGGUACCCAGGACAUCCCCGAGAUCGCCUGGGUGGACAGCAGCGGCGGCUUCAGCAACUACUUCGCUCGUCCAUCCUACCAAGCUGACCAGGUCGAGACCUACCUGGACAAGCACCUCUCCAAGGCGGUUAAGGAAUACUACACUCCGUACGUCAACUUUACCGGGCGCGCGUUCCCGGACAUUGCCGCCUAUGGUGGUUCGCCAUACUAUGAAACCUAUGUGAACGGUGAACUCGAGCUCAUCGGCGGUACAUCGGGCGCCAGUCCCGUUGUCGCUGCCAUCAUUGCGCUGCUCAACGACGCUCGUCUGCGCGCGGGGAAGACGUCUCUGGGCUUCCUGAACCCCUGGCUGUACUCCAGUGGAUACAAGAGCUUGAAUGACAUUACCUCGGGUACGGCGGGUGGAUGUGAUGGCAGCUCGGCCGGGACAGGCUACAUCCCGUGGGCCAGCUGGAAUGCCACUGCGGGCUGGGAUCCGACCACCGGCUUAGGAACUCCUAACUUCGCCAAGCUCAAGGCGGCCGUAUUGGCGUUGUAA